UCCAUUCCUUGGCGCUGCGAUAUCUUCCGAAACCCGAUCCCAUUUUACUCCUCUCUGCGCCUCUAAAACCCUAAAUAAUUCUCUCCUCAGUCCUCACACGAUGAUCUGCUCAAUUUCCGGUGAGGUUCCGGAAGAACCUGUUGUUUCGAAAACCUCCGGAUUGCUUUUCGAGAAGAGAUUAAUCCAACGGCACAUUUCGGAUUUUGGAAAAUGUCCGGUAACUGGGGAACCUUUGACUAUGGAUGACCUUAUUCCGAUAAAAACCGGCAAGGUGGUGAAGCCUAGACCAGUCCAGGCUGCAAGUAUUCCAGGGAUGCUUGGAAUGUUCCAGAAUGAAUGGGAUGCGUUGGUGCUAUCUGCUUUUGCAUCAGAACAGCAGUUGCAUACAACAAGGCAAGAGCUUAGUCAUUGUUUAUACCAGCAUGAUUCAGCUUGCCGUGUAAUUGCGAGAUUAAAGAAAGAACUUGACGAAGCCAGGACUAUGCUGGCACAUUUGGAAAGGCAAGCACCAAUGCCAGCAGCAACCAUGACAGCAAAUACGUCUGCUUUAAGCAAUGGGAAAAGAGCUGCUGAGGAUGAUGAGUUGGGUCCUGAUGGGAAGAAAAUCAGGCCCGGAAUAUCAGCAACUAUAAUUACUGAACUAGCAGACUGCAAUGCUGCACUUUCCCAGCAAAGAAAGAGAAGACAGGUUCCUCCCACAUUGGCUCCAUUGGAUGAUGUUAAGGGAUAUACCCAACUUAAUAGUUAUCCUCUCCAUAAAACAAAUAAAGCUGGCAUUUUAUCUAUUGACAUUCAUCAAUCUAAGGAUAUAAUUGCUACUGGUGGGGUUGAUACGAAUGCUGUAGUCUUCAAUCGAUCUUCAGGGGAGAUCUUAUCUACACUUAGCGGCCACUCCAAGAAGGUCAACAGUGUCAAGUUUGUGGCUGAUGCUGAGCUGGUUGUUACUGGUUCAGCUGAUAAGACGGUUCGUGUGUGGCAAGGGUCUGAAAAUGGAAAUUAUGAUUGCAGACAAGUCUUAAAGGAUCAUACAGCUGAGGUGCAAGCUGUUACUGUCCAUGCUACAAAUAACUACUUUGUGACUGCCUCUCUCGACAAUUCUUGGUGCUUCUAUGACCUAUCAUCCGGCUUAUGCCUUGCGCAGGUUGAGGAUUCAUCUGCAUCUGAUGGAUAUACCUCUGCAGCUUUUCAUCCAGAUGGGCUCAUUCUUGGAACAGGCACAUCUGGGUCUGUCGUGAAAAUCUGGGAUGUAAAGAGUCAGGCAAAUGUGGCAAGGUUUGACGGGCAUGUUGGGGCAGUGAAUGCUGUAUCCUUUUCAGAGAAUGGUUACUUUCUUGCUACUGCCGCUCAAGAUGGUGUUAAGCUAUGGGAUCUUCGUAAACUGAGAAACUUCAGGACUAUUUCACCGUAUGACGAGAACACCCCAACACAAUCUGUGGAAUUUGAUCACAGUGGAAGUUAUCUUGCCAUUGGAGGUUCAGAUAUAAGAGUCUAUCAAGUCGCUAGCGUGAAGAAUGAAUGGAACUUAAUUAAAACGCUCCCUGAUUUGUCUGGCACAGGUAAAAUCAACUCCGUAAGAUUUGGUCCUGAUGCAAAAUACAUAGCAGUUGGGUCAAUGGAUCGAAACCUUCGGUUGUUUGGCUUGCCUGGAGAGGACGGUCCAAUGGAAUCUUGAAACAUCUGAUCAUGUGUGAUUAGGAAGUUUUAGCAAGUUCGGAGUUAUUUUGGGGGUCAAUUUGUAAGAAACGGGUGUAGCAUUUUUAUAUCCUUCAUGUUUCAAGAGAUUGGUCACUAGAAUUUUACAAUCAUGCAAGAAUUGAGUUUAUGUAAAGACGAUCCCUUUUUCUUGAGUUAACUUUAUAUCAUAAAUCCAUUUCAUUCUGUAA